CCCUUCGUCUGCCUUCCAUGUCCCCUACAAGAUGGCUCCUCUCUUCUCAAAGCGACUAAGCUGCUUUUACUGUGGACGUCGCUCAUCUCAAGCUCAUAAAGGCUCUGUCCGACGAUGGUGCUGCCCCCAGUGUGAGGCCGUGAACUAUCUCGAUGAGAAUGGCGAUAUUACCGAUCCCCCAGCGGCAGAAACAAAUCCUGGUGCGCAGACACCCGGACCGUCGAGCCCGUUUGAGUCCACCAACUUAGGACUGGCUGGCUCCGGCCUUUUCUGUGCCCAGUGUGUUCGAAAUCAACAUCUAUUUACCAGCGCCUUAGCGUCGUAUUAUCCUUCGGCAGACGACCCAAAUUACGGCGCCUAUGAACGAGGGUAUCCAAAGUUUCGUAAGAACCUGGAGGAGCGGUACCCCCAGGUAUGCGAUAAGUGUGAACCUCGAGUGAAGGCCCGCAUUCGCCAGGCUGGAUAUGAAGCCAAAUCAGACCAUUUGAGACGAAUGAUGGAUAGGAGUAAGGCUGGAAGAGUAGCACGACAAGCGCGGCAAUGGAACUGGAGGAGCUUGUUGGUGUUUACAGGAGCAUUGGGCUACUGGGCUAGUGUUGCGGGCCAACUGUCCUGGGAUUUGACAAGCGCUCUGAGCGUGCAAGAACCGUUGCGCGAUCCGGAUGAUCCCCAGGUGCUAGACUCGGUAGCAGCAUGCCUUCAGCAAACAAUUCUGACACACCGGAUACCGGCCUACUGUGCGCUAGAUCUGGCACCUUACGCCGGAUUGUCCCUCGUCGUCGGCAUCCUCUCCUUAUGGUACAAUCCAAAGCUGCGGUUAAGGGUUGAAGGAAGAGGCGGCCGCUUUUUGGGUUUAAGCGAGUACUAUAAAGCCCAACUCAUUGUCCUGGUUGUGCGAUGCGCCUUCUGGGGAGUCCUGAGGGACUCUUCUUCGAGUGGCCUUGAUCCGAAUCUUCCACCGGCUUUGCACAUAUUUAUGGCCGUCUUUACAAUUUUGUCUGUUGUUAUAUCUCGACGCAUUGUCCGCUAUGACACACGCCCCUUGGUGCUGUGGUCUGAGAAUACUCCAACAACAACUCCCAUGCGAAGAACGGAAAAGUCUCCCUUGCAAACCACCGGCGGAAAGCAGCCCUUUUUUACACCUCAUGAAAGCCUUUCGCAAACAACACCCCGGUUUCCUCUGGAAAAAUUGGCCACUCCUCGCUCUGCUCAAGAGAAACGCUCAAUACCAACACCGCCUCCAGAGGUAGACGACAUGGACUGGACCCCUUCUGUACAGCAUGAUUUUCGCCCAAAUCAAACUAUUCAUCGAAGAGAUCAAAAGUCCAUCCUUGAGGGACCUAUGCCUUUCCAUGGAUCAUUGCCCCCUGCACCACAACCACCGUCCUGGAACUUGCGCAACCGGCCUUCUCAGCGGCAGAAGCCGAUUGAACAGGUUGUUGAACGUAACCCAUUUCAUCGCAGCCCUGCUGAGCCAUCGAGUUCUUGGACGCACAAUCCUGGUUCCCCGGAGACCGCAUUUGCACCUCCCAAAUUUUUCCCCGCAAGUGAUCAUGUUGCAUCUACCGGUCUUGAGAAUCUCUUUGAUCGAACAUUUACCAUCAAGUCACCAGAGGACGAGGAAGACACAUGGCAACAGUCGCAGCAUGCCGCAUCUAAAGCACGUCCUAAACCCUCCCCCCGUGUGCAGGAGGCUCUUUUGUUCCAGUAUCUCCGCCUAGGGUUGCUUCUUGUCUCUCUCUUAGCGUGGUCUCUCUCACAGUACGAACAAUUUUCGGUCCCGGGAAACUAUGUAGAAGUCGCCUCUUUGGGAAGCGCAAGUCUUAUUGCUGGAUUUGCUCUCCUGGAGGCUCUCAAGCAGCCUAUCGCACAGUGGAAUGGGAUGGAUAUUCUUGUAUCCUUCGCUGAAUUGGUAGCUGCUGUUCAUCUCGGAGGGCAUCUUCCGCGAGCAUCUUUUGAACGGCAUUACUUUGACAGGUACGGCAAGCUUCUAUUGAUAUUUAUGGCUGUCCAGGAGGUACUGGGUCUGCUGGCAUUCUACCGCACUGUUCCUACUGUAGGCGCCAGUUCUUCACAAGGGCAGCAUCGCUCUCGACCGCCAUCCUCUGGUGGCAGCAGGUCUGGGGCCUCUCCAAGAUCAAGGGGAAAUCAGCAAUCUGAUCUCCAGUCUUUCGCCUCUUCUCCAUCUACACCAGGACCUCCAGCCCUCUCUUUCUCAUCAACGGCACUCGGAUCGAGUUUCUCUACCCAACCACCGGAACCACAGUACCAGCUUCCAUACUCAUCUUAUGACGGGAUGUUCCACAAGGAUCACAGCUUUAGUUUGACAAGUCUCAAGGGCAAUGAGUCCGAUGCAUCAGACCCCCUGGAUCGUGACUCAGAUACGGAAACCACCGUGACAACAGCAACCACCGCGACCAAUAACACGAUCCGGAACAUUCGCUAUGGGCGCAAUAGCAAUGUGAAUGACACAUUCUUCUCCCCCAAACGCUCCGAACUCGGCCCUGGAAUCGGUGGCCUUAGUCUCGAUGAUAGACCGACAUCCCGACGUAUGACCCGCAGUCAAACCCAGAGACUCCAAGCGAAUGACGGAGUCCGCAGAAGACUUCGAUAGACGUGACCGAAAACGAUUCCGGUCCAAUUUUCUCUAUUACAUUCUUUCCUUCCCCUUUCCCCGCUUACUCCUGUAAUCGUCUGCUGUUCAGCGUUUUCUUGCACUAUCGGAGUUAGAGACGGCUUCCCCCCCCCCCCCUUAGUCAAGUACUACUAUGUUUGUUUCCUAGGUUGUUUAAUAGGCGGGACGGAUUGCAUACCCCACAGUUUGUUCUAUAUUGAUUCUUGUCUUGUCAUUCCCUGCAGUGGACUGGGAAGCGUUCCAGUCUCUUUGUUUUAUUCCAUCUCAUGUACAUACAUGACAUGACACCUAACACACCAUAGAAAUUCCCACCAGGGCGUCCAGAAAUCCACGCUGUGUAUUUCCGGACCCUGGUGGACCUGUACGACGUGACGACUAAUUAUGAUCAUGAAAAUCAAAAUCCAAUCAAGCCAACUGAUGGUUACAUUGUCACAU